AGGGGCUGUCAGAGAGGGAGUACGCUGUGCUGCAGCUCUCUGACAGGAACAACAACUAUGCUGCUUUAGUCAUUUAGCAGGACUGAAUCAAAGUUUUACUCCACGCGGAACUGCCAAGUCUCUUCCAAACGGUGUUUCGGAUCAAAUCUUCGGAAAUGUUUUCUUAAAUUGUUGCUAGCUGGUUAGCUUCCGGGUUAGCUCGAAGUUUGGGCCGUCUUGCUGAUUCUCGCUUUUUGACCCGAAAUUUUAAACUAAAUCUACUACAGAGCAAUACCGUCUGCAGGACUUAUACAAAUUGGACCGCUAAAAUGGAGUCUGUCAAUUUUUUGGGCAGCACCAGUCCUGUUAACACCGUUUUGAAAAGAAGGCCCGAUGGGAUCCCCGGAUUUUCCUCGCUCACUCUGCCCGAGCUGAGCACAAAAACCACGCACUGCAGGGACCUGUUCUCCCCUGGACCCGCGACCGUGUUGUCUCCUGUCACAAAUUUGGCUCUGGACAUGAACAAUUUAGUCGUGCUCGGAAGCCAAUGUGAUACACCAAAAAGGAGAAAGCAUGCACCCCUCGAGAAGAUUCCCUCCUUUGCUUCUGACGUCUCAUCUGAUGCUGGCCUAGGCAUGGAUCCCCCGAGUCCCAUGGAUUCUGUUGAAAUGGAGGACACAUUUGAAAAGGCCAUUCAACAGUCAAGCAGAAUUGUCAACGAAAAGAUGCCAAUUCGAAGAAUCAACUCAUUGCCACUCCAUCUCCAGAGUUUCAGCCCAUCACUGAAGGGACAGGAAACAGAUUCUCACCGCUACGGAAUAUUCGGCCAACAACCCUGCCAAAUGGCCUCUUCAACCUCUCAACAUGACAACAAGGAGAACAUGCCGGAGGAAAGCUUUGAAUUCAAGAAACCAACAAAACCAGCAUCACGGUGUCGUGUGCGCUCCUUCACCAGCGGACAGUCAAAGGACGGCUUUGCCCGCCGUCCCAGCUCAGCACCAGCCCUCAUGUUUUCUUCACCACCUCCAGUCCAGCAGCUUGAGUUUUUUGACUCCAGCCCCAUGUUCCUGAGACGUUCCUCCCUCACUUCAUCUCUAAACGACGAUGAAGAUGAUGGCUUCCUGGACGUACUGGAUGACAACAUGGAGAACGACUCUGGGAUGCCGAUGGGAAUGGCCAGCUUGCUCACUGCCCCACUGGUGGCCGACAGCACAAUGGAAGACUCUCCUAUCAUUCGCUGCCGGCCGCGGAGUCUGUUCCGCUCCCCUUCCAUGCCCAGUCCAGUGUCCCGUCCCUCUGCAAAGCGUCCAGACUGCCCCGGAGACGACAACACGCCUGUCAGGGUGAAGAGGCGACGCAGCCUGGCAGGAACACAGGUCACCACCCUGGAACAAAACCCUGAAUCACCAAGAACGAGCUGUUCACUGCUCCAGAGGUCCAAGUCCUUCUGCCAGACAGAGAUUGCGAAGCUGUUCGACGCUGAUAACAGUUCCAGUGAACUUAUAGGAGAUUUCACCAAGCCUUUUAUACUACCUACAGUGGAUGGCAAACAUCAAGACCUCAAGUACAUUACCUCAGAGACGAUGGUGGCAGCUGUGUCCGGCCAGUUUAAUCAGCUAGUCGAGAAAGUAAUUGUCCUCGACUGCCGCUACCCCUACGAGUUUGAGGGAGGACACAUCAAGGGAGCUCUGAACCUGCACCAGGAGGAUCAGGUGGAGGAUUUCCUCCUCAAAAUGCCCAUCAUCCCAUCCUGCCCGGACAAACGUGUCGUCAUCAUCUUCCACUGCGAGUUCUCGUCGGAGCGCGGCCCUCGAAUGUGUCGCUUCGUCAGGGAGCGGGACCGUGCCAUGAACGAGUAUCCUGCACUCCACUACCCCGAACUCUACAUCCUCAAGGGCGGAUACAAAGACUUCUUCCCUCAUUUCCAGUCUCAAUGUGAGCCUCAGUCCUACCGGCCCAUGCACCACGAGGACUUCAAGGAGGACCUGAGGAAGUUUCGCCUCAAAAGUCGUACCUGGGCUGGGGAGCGUAGCAAGAGAGACAUGUACAGCCGACUGAAGAAGCUGUGAGAACCACCUCGUCCCCUUAAACUGCCUCUAAAACACACCACCUCCCCCUGAACAGACUCCUCAGAGCCUGAGGCCUCACCCCACCAACGGUGAAAAACCUUUUGGGAAUGUGCCAGCAGAAGGGAAUUUUAUAAAGUCUCUAAAAGUUUCAUUUGACUAUAUUAAAGUUAGUUAUUUAUGCAAAUUCAAAGAGGUGAAAUAAUGAACGCUUGACCUAAAGGAGUUGCUGAGGUGCAGGGAGCAGAUUUCAUUAAGGUGAUGUUUAGCAAUGUGAUAAUUUUUUAAAAACCACUUGGACCUACUGCCUCUUUUACCAUUUUAUUUUUUAUUAUGCUGGCAUUUGCAGCGCAAAUCACUGCCAGAUUGCAAUAAUACAAACAAACCACACUGCCAAGUCUGAUGUUUGUCUUUCAGUCUCCACGGAUAUAUUUGUCUUUUAUUUUGCAUUUGUCCCACCUUUUAUUGAAGCACUUAAUUUAAAUACCUUGAAAUGGUGAGGUGCUUUUUUUUUUUUUUUUUUUUUUUUUUUUUUAAUGAAUUGUGUUUUACCCCAUUUACAUUUUGUUUUGUUGAAAGUAUGCCUUUCUUUAGGCAUCCCAAAAUGCUAAUUGGAUAAGUAUAUAACAUUAAUGCCGAGUGCGGUUAUUUUUUUUUUAACCCCCUCCUUUCUGAUCAGUUGCAAUACUUGGUAACUUUUAUUUCUCAGUCAGAAGAUACCAAAGCAAACCAACCUACCUGUUAUCUUUGCAGUGAGAUUAGAUUCUAAUGCUGCAGGUCAGCAAGUGUGAGGUGAGGAUUUUUGAUCUAAGAGAAACAUAUUCGUUGUGUUGCUUUGAUUCUUUUAUUUUGAGAGAGAAUGUCUUCCACUCUGCAGCGCUAAUGAUGUCAGUUUAUAAUGAAAAGGGUGAUUUGAGUAUUUUGGUACAGGCUUGUGAGGGAGCUGCUGAAAUAAAGAGCCAGUGUGUUCUAAUGUGAUGUA